AUGGCGCGCCUCGAGCGAUUGCCGUUCGAGUGUUACGUCCUGCGCGACGCGCUCGACGCGCGCGAGCGCGCGCGGGCGACGGAAUCCGUCGCGCGGUACGCCUCGCGCGAGGCCUGGGCGCGCGCGGCGGCGAACGACCACCCGACAAUCGUCGCCUCGCACGCGCGAGGGCAGCGCGAGCGCGCGAUGGCGUGCGUGCGCGCGUGCGGAUUGAAGCGAUGCACCGGCGCGUGCGGUGGCGACGUCGGCGCGCUGAGCGAAGCGCCGAUUGACUUGUUUGAGCUGAGCGCGCGCGUCGUCGCGACGGCGAAGACGAAAGACGACGACGACGGGGCGCUACGGCGAGCGUUCGCGAACGACGACCCGUUCGAGGCGAGUCACUUUUGGGCGCUGGUGUACGGCGAGGCGGCUUCGGGAGAUGGGAAACGGCGAGAGACGAUGGCGCCGCACCUCGACAGAGGAGUCGGUUGGGUCGUCUCGAUUUCGCUGGGCGGUCGGCCGACGCGGAUGACUAUAGGUAAACCGCCCGCUCGCGGGUCGAUGUACGAUGCCUACGCGCAAAGCCGACCGGUAGAGGGGCAGGAUUUAGGCGUCGAAAUCGUCGUGAACGACGGUGAUGCGGUCAUUUUUCGCGGCGACCGUGUGUUUCACAGCGUCGACGGCUUCGCGGGCGAACCUGUAGUGGGGCACGACGAAUGGGCACGCGCGCUCGUCGGAGCGAACGGUGUCGAUGGGUACGGUGUUGGUAGGCUCGCUUUACUAUUUCGCGAGGAGCGAGAGACGCAGAGUAAGGCGGUUAGGUAUUAG